GCAUGAACACAGAUCGGACCGUAUUCAUGCAGUGAAAACUUCACGGUAUUUGUAUACGGUUUAAAAAGACUCAUUUCAUAAAGGUUUGCAGAGCUUUUUGUGAUCAAAUGGAGUCUGCAAGCAGUGUGAAGUGGGCAGUUGUGAUUUGUUUAAUCCAGGUUCUGUGGUGUGGAAUUGGUGAGUCUCAGCCAUGUUCCCCUGGAUUUGGUUCUGAUCUUUUCCUAUUCAAAGUUCCCAGAGAACACCUGCAGAGGGGCACGAGGAUCGGCGCAAUUGUUUUCAAUGACUGCAGUGGAAGAACACAUAUUGACUUCAUGCCUACUGACAAGGAGUUUCGUGUAGACUCGGAUGGCACAGUGACACUGAAAAGACCGGUCACUCUUGAUAAUGGCCAUAAGACAUUCUCUGUUCAUGCUUGGGACUCCAAUGGAAAGAAACACACUGCGUUGGUGAGAGUGGAAGAUCAGGGUAGAGCUAACCACAAUCACGAGCAGCAAGAAGAUGUUGGGACAUCUGAGCUUGAACAGACUGAAUCGACUCUUCUUCUGGAGUUUCCAAAAUCAGGUGGGUUGCAGAGGAGAAAAAGAGAGUGGGUCAUUCCUCCAAUCAGAAUCUUGGAGAAUGAUCGCAAAGGGCCUUUCCCCAAGCCGCUUGUGCAGAUAAAAUCCUCCCAUGCCAAAGAAACACAGAUGGUGUACAGAAUCACUGGUGUUGGUGCUGACCAGCCUCCAGUAGGACUUUUCACGAUAGACAAAUUCACUGGUCAGAUGUAUGUGUCGAGGCCUCUUGACAGAGAAGAAAAAGAUAAAUAUGAGCUGCAAGUCCAUGCUCACUCGAUUACUGAUUCAAUUAUAGAACCUGAAAUGGAGGUCUUCAUAGAAGUGCUGGACAUGAAUGAUAACCAUCCUAUCUUCACCCAAAAUCCAUUCCUUGGCAGUGUACCAGAAGCUUCAAACAUAGGGUUUGAGUUCAUGACAGUCAGUGCCACUGAUGCAGAUGAUCCAAACACUGACAAUGCUGAGAUUAGGUACUUCAUCACCAGUCAGAUUCCACCAGUCCCAUAUCCUAACAUGUUUGAGAUCAACCCUGUCACUGGAGCAAUUCGAGUGAAUUCUGAUGGACUGGACAGAGAGACCGUUGGAGAAUAUACCUUGGAUAUUCAAGCAGCGGAUAUGGCUGGACAAGGCCGUGGAAUUAUGGGAAAAGCUGUUAUUACUGUAACAGACAGCAAUGACAAUGCACCUGUAUUUUCCAAGACCUUGUAUGAAGUGUCUGUCCCGGAGGAUAACGUGGGAGCUCUUGUGGCGAAACUGCCAGUGACUGAUGAUGAUGAACCACAGUCAUCUGCCUGGGCAGCAAAGUUUAGAAUUGUUAAUGGUAACAGUGGUGGAUUUUUCCGCAUUAGCACAGCACCAAACAAACAGGAGGGCAUCAUUACUACUGUCAAGGGGUUAGACUAUGAGGAGAACAACAAAUUCACAUUGCUGGUACUUGUGGAAAACGAGGUUCCAUUUGCUAAACCUUUGCCUACUUCCACUGCCACAGUCAUUGUAAACGUUCUCGAUGUGAACGAGGCUCCAGUGUUUGAACCAAAGAAGCAGAGGCCAUGGCUGAUUCCACCAAUCCGAGUCUCUGAAAAUGAACAUGGGCCUUUCCCUAAGGAAAUAGCGCAGAUCAAGCCCAGUCAUUCCAAAACAUCUGGAGUGAAGUACAGCAUCAGUGGCAGGGGAGCAAACCUGCCUCCACUGGGGCUAUUUCUUAUGGACAAAAACACAGGAAAGCUUUCUGUGUCAGGGCCUCUUGACAGAGAGACAAAGGAUGAAUAUGUGCUUGAAGCCCAUAUAACUGGUCUCCAUAUAUAUGAGAGUGUGGAGCUCAUCAUCCAUGUAGUAGACCAAAAUGAUAAUAAACCAGUCUUCACCCAGAGUCCGUUUAUUGGCAGAGUAUCAGACGCAGCUGAAAUAGGAUUUCCGUUCAUGACCAUCAGAGCCACAGAUGCAGAUGAUUCACUGAACACUAACAACGCUGAUAUCAGGUACUCCAUCAUCAGUCAGGUUCCACCAGAGCCAAAACCAGACAUGUUUGCGAUCAAUCCUAUCAGUGGUGUCAUUCAAGUGAAUGCUAAAGGACUGGACCUUUCAAAACAUUCUGAGUAUGUCUUGAAGAUUCAGGCAACAGAUAUGGAGGGUAAUGGCAUCUCAAGCACUGAAGACGCUGUUAUUUCUAUAACUGACAGCAAAGACGUAACUGUGCAGACUCAGUCCCCUGAGAUGUUGGUGAUUUCUCCAAUCCGCUUAUCAGAGAAUGGCCGAGGUCCUUUCCCUAAACAAUUAGUCAAGCUUAGGUCCAGCCAAGCUAAACAAACUAAGACUGCAUACCGCCUCACUGGAGAAGGUGCAGACCAGGCUCCAGUGGGACUUUUCACCGUGGAUAAAGACAGUGGUUGGCUGUCUGUAACAAAGCCUUUAGACAGAGAGACAAAACAUGAGUAUGUGCUCCAAGCCCAUAUAGAUGGUGAUCAGCCUACUGAACUCACUAUCCGCGUGAUUGACCAGAACGAUAAUAAACCUGUCUUCACCCAAGAUCAGUUUCUGGGCAGUGUACCAACAGCAUCAAAAGCAGGAUUUAAGUUCUUGACCAUCUCAGCGACUGAUGCAGACGAUCCUAAGACUCAAAAUGCAAAUAUCAGAUACUCCAUCAUCAGUCAGAAUCCUGCACUGCCACAACCAAACAUGUUUGAGAUCAACCCCGACAGUGGAGAGAUUCAAGUGAAAUCUGAAGGGUUUGACCGAGAGAAAUACCCUGAAUACAUCUUGGAGAUUCAGGCAGCAGAUAUGCAGGGUAAUGGCCUCCAAAGCAGAGUAAAGGCUAUUAUCACUGUAACAGUUUGAGAGAACCUUGGAGAAAAGCUAUCUGCAGGAGAAGACAAGUUUUCGAUAUAACAGCUUAUGCUAAUUUUUGCAAAUAUUCACCAUCCCUGUCUCGAUGAUCAGUGAGGCAGCAAAAGGUCUAUUAAACUAAGACUGAAUUGUGAACAUAAUUGCAUUUAGUGUGUUGCACAUAUAUACAUUUUGCUAAUAACCAAACCAAUAUCUGAAUAAGCUAUACCGCAUUUCCACUGCUGCUGUGUCCGUGUAGAAUAGAGAAGAUACAGCACAGGGUUACUGAAUUGCAUAGUGUGAUAGGAAAACUACAAGAGAGUAGGAUUAUGUGAUGAGAGAUGGUGCUUGGAGAAAAAGCCAGUUAGAAUCAACUGCCAAACAGUGUUAUCUAUCUCACAUGAACAGUCUGACACAGAAGUGUGCAAAUACAGUAAAGAAUAGUGCUGCAAGAAUUAAUAACAGCAUACUUACUUUUGCUUUAUUACUUAUUACUUAUAUAUUUUUUACUUUUACUACUUAUAACAAAAAUAAAGAACAAUGCAUGAAACAAAAC